CCCUCUUUCUUUUUCUAAACGUGAGCAAAACCUGCUCGGUUGAAUUGUCGGAACCAUGGUGAACGGCCGCAUACCCUCGGUCUUCUCGAAGACCUACGUGACUCCCCGUCGCCCCUAUGAGAAGGCGCGUCUGGACCAGGAGUUGAAGAUCAUCGGCGAGUAUGGUCUGCGCAACAAGCGCGAAGUGUGGCGCGUCAAGUACGCCCUGGCUAAGAUCCGUAAGGCCGCUCGUGAGCUGCUGACCCUCGACGAGAAGGACGAGAAGCGUCUGUUCCAGGGUAAUGCCCUGCUGCGCCGUCUGGUCCGUAUCGGUGUCCUGGACGAGUCCCGCAUGAAGCUCGAUUACGUGCUGGGUCUGAAGAUUGAGGACUUCUUGGAGCGUCGUCUGCAGACGCAGGUGUUCAAGCUGGGACUUGCCAAGUCCAUCCAUCAUGCUCGCGUCCUGAUCCGUCAGCGUCACAUUCGGUAAAUAUCGCUUGGACAGGCGACAACAUCGUCGCCAGGCUCUCUCAGAUAUAAACUCUGUUCUGUUCAGUAAGACCACUUGGGAGUCGAACAGGCGCCAAUGCUUGUACCGACUCUCAACGUCUGUAGAUUGCGCAUGUGACUCCGUUCACACCAAUCGAAAAUGCAAAAUGCCCGCCUAGCUGUCCGCAAGCAGGUGGUCAACAUCCCGUCGUUCGUCGUGCGCCUGGACUCCCAGAAGCACAUCGACUUCUCCCUGAAGUCGCCCUUCGGCGGCGGCCGUCCCGGUCGCGUCAAGAGGAAGAACCUGAAGAAGAACCAGGGCGGUGGCGGUGGAGCUGCUGAAGAGGAGGAGGACUAAGCAGUGGUAGCCAGCUGUAGCCAAGACAAAUACAUGGCGCAGACUUGAUAAAAAUCCGUUUGCUUUACACAAAUAAAUGUAAAAAUACACG